CCUAGAUGGUAACAUGUAUUAAUAUUAUUUUAACAUUUAGUUUCAAAGGUCUUCUAAACAGGAAAGUUAAGGAGGCCAAUACCAGGAUAAAACCACAUAAACUAGGCCUACAUGCUUUUCAUCUGAUGUAAUUUAUAGGAAUAAAAAGUAAUAGAAAGUAUGAAACAUUGCAGGGCCACACUGUAGGCUAAUGUUUAUUUAUAUAUAAAUCCAAACAAUGUAAAUCGCAAGGUCUUGAAUUAUGUUACAGCAAGUCUGAACAAAACACGUUUAAUCAGGAGACAUGCUACAACGUUUCCCUGCACACACACGUACACCAAAAAAAACAAAAAAAACAACGUCUCACGGCACCUGAAUGGAACAACGUGAUGACAACAACGCGACAACUCAUUUGUGAAAAGCGUGGGUCCCGUUUGGGUUGGUCAACAGGAUCUGUUUGAGAAGAAGAAGAAGAAGAAGAAGAAGAAGAAGAAGAAGACAUCCCAGAAUCUUUGCUAACACUAAACCGGUGUCAACCCAACAACGUUGCGCGGCAGUUCCCGUUGGUCGUCUUCGAGUGAACAGCAGCUAAUGCCCGAUGUCAAGGCUGAAGGAAGGACGGAGGUAGAAGUCCUCCUAGGCAUGGAUACAGAGAGCCCACUUCUGUCUUUCAUCAAAUCAAGUCUUCCUAAAAUGAGAGACCAUGAGCCUUUGUUGCAGCGUCUGCAAGAUUUAGGAGUUGAGGACCUGGAAGACCUGAGCUACCUGCAGGAGAGUGACCUCCUUUCUGUCCUGAGACCAAUUGAAGUCAGAAAGCUUCUGUCACUGCUCAAAAAGACAAGCCAACAAGAUGUCUUGGGCAGUCCUCCGAGCAACCAACAGUUCAGCAGAGCCAGUACCAGUACAAGUCCAGUAACACAGUCUGACGAGAUGCACCUUUCUGGUGGUUACAGCUUAGAAACUACAAGUUCACCGCAGUCAACACGUAGUUCAAGUGUGGGUAUCACACCUCGUCGAAAGUCUGAUAACAGCUGGCAUUUUAAAUUUCAAAUUCCUUGGCAGAAAAUUCCAUCUGAGAUCAUCAGAAAGCUGGAAACGGGAAACCGGCCAACAAAAAGAAACUCUACUUUGGCAGCGGAGAAUUUCAUGCUGUCUGUGGACCAGACCAUUGUGAAUGGCCACAUCAGAAUCUUCAGUGAUGCUCUUAUGCUGAUGUUUGGUUCGUACUACUGUAUGAACAUAUCUUACCCAGCAGCCCAGGCAUCAACUUUGGAGUUCUUACAGAGGUAAGACAGCACUAGUCAAUUUAAUACAUCAAAAUAAGAUAAUAUAUAUAUUAUCUCCCAGUGCUAGUCGCCCCCCUUUUUGUUUUUCUUCAAAAUUGCACAUUGCCUAUUUAAAAUGUCCCUGUGUCCACAUACUUUGACUUG